UUCCCCUGUGUGCGCGGUGCGUUCGGCGGCUUUUUCACAUAUCUUCACAAAGCCAUUCGCAGCUCCGUUUGAUUGAUCACCAAGCGAGGCGCCAAAAUGUACGACGACUGGGCGUAUCACGUCAGUCCCUCACUAUAUGCCCCGCAGCCCACACCGCAGAAAAUCCGGCGGAGACGUAAAUCGAUACUGCAAGAUGUCGCUUUAGAACACGUUCAGUCCCCCGACGCGCGCGAUUCACGACCCGGAAGUCUACGACAUGUGGCCGAAGAAGUAGUGCAGUCCCGACGAGCAGCCCCUCAGAUUCCAGAGUACACCGUCCCCGCGAGACGAAGCAAUUCAAUGUCUGGAAUCGCGCGACUACGAGAGAUGGAUUCGAGUCGGCAGGUCGGGAUCGAGAGCAGUCUGAAGCCAUUGUCGCUCAUGUACCCGUUCACGCCCGUCGAGAGAAAUAAUCUGAUAUAUGGCUCGGAUGAUGAAUUGUCGCUGAUGGAUGUGUAUGAUUCACUUGAAAAGGAGAUUCAAGAUGCCGAGGAUGCACAAUUUCUAAAAUUCCACGCCACGGCCGAAUCACACCGCGAAUCCUGCAAGGUAUUUGUCGCGCAAGCCAACAGCAUGCUCGAGCUCCUCGAUACUCUUGCCGCUGGCUUUGACGCUGUGCGGAAGCAGACCUCGACGUUCCAGGACGCCUGCGACGAACUCUCGGUCGAGCACAGCCGGCUUGAGUCUCUAGCGGACGAUAUCGAGCGGCAUUUGAAGCCGUUCAAUAUGCUCGAGGAGAUCACGAAGAGGCUUAAUAUGCCGGGUACAGACUUUGUGACGCAAGAGGGAUUCAAGCAGAUGUUGAGCACGCUUGAUCAAUGUAUCGAUUACUGCGAUGCUCAUCCAAAUUUCAACGGCAUAGAUUUAUACGUCAUGCGCUUCCGCCAAUGUAUGACCCGCGCACUGACGCUAAUCCGCGUACACUUUAUAAACGCGAUCCGCGACGUCGCCAGCGACGUGCAGACGCGAAUAGCCGCGAAAGCACUCAACGAGACCACGCAAUCCGCGCUCUUCUACACAAAGUUCAAGGUCGACGCGCCGGUGCUGCAGGGACUCACGGACGAGAUCCGGAAACGGUGCGAAGGGCAUGAUGAGUAUUCUGGGCUGCUGGCGGAUUGCUACAAGUAUUAUACGAAUACGCGGAGGAAGCUUAUUAUUCCGGUGAUUAGCAAGCGGGUUAUGGAUAUGAAGGGCUCGAUAGCAGAGUUGCUGCAGCUGACACGGCAAGGGAUUGCAUACAUGAGAACUGUGUGCAUGGACGAGUAUGAGUUAUUUUACGCAUUAUUCACCGAAGGCGAAGGUGUCGCAUAUGAGUUCCUUGAAUCGCUAUGCGAACCUUUGCAAGACGUGCUUCGAAGCCGCAUCAUUCACGAGAAGCGAGCCGAAGUUCUUUACGAGCUUUGUUCUCUGCUGCAAGGGCUUUCCACCCAGGACGGUGAAGAAGCUGAUGACGGAUACUUUGAUCGCCCGCAACUGGAUUUCGGUAAAUUGUUCCAGUCCACGUUACAGGAUGCCCAGAUGAAACUGGUGUUUAGGAUGCAGGCAUACGCUUAAUCUUGAUUCUGUUGUCCAGUUACUGGUGGCCGGACGGAGACAGCAGAGCAAAGCUAGUUGGAAUAAGGGCGACGGCAUGAGUAUCAAUCACCACAUCUAACGAUAUCAUCUCAUUUAUUUUAUUUUCUUUUCUAAUGUUUUUUGUUUAUGUGUGCUAUGUUUUGCGCAGUGUGUAUAGAGCGUGUAAAGUGAUUGACUAAAAUUGAAUUUAUUGACCGACUAAA